CUAGUUUGUCCCGAUCCCUUCUCCAGUCUAUUCUUCCUUCCUACAUCCUAUAAUCCUCCUAUCCUUUCCUUUAAUCAGUCCUGCUACACUUCAAAUCCAAUGGAAGAAGUAGAUGAGUACUCGGAGGCCAAUUGGCUUGAUGCUUCUUGUGAGGAGCUUGUGAGGGAGCUCCUUGAUGAUACCACGCCUUUCUUCGUCUCGCCCAAGGUCACAGAACCUGAACCAGACACAAGCCGUGAAUCCAUGAUCAACAAUCUUAUCUCAACAGUCUACUCGGGUCCAACGAUUGGGGACGUCGAGAGUGCACUAUCUGUAACCUUUCAGAGUGGUGAAUCCGAUGGUCACGGCGGUUCCCGACCCAUUAUUUCAUUACCGGAGAAGGGAUUGGGUAAGAUGGAGAGUAAGUAUACGCUAAGGAUCAAGACCUGCGGGAAUGGGCUUGCUGACGAUGGCUACAAGUGGAGGAAGUAUGGGCAGAAAUCCAUCAAGAACAGUCCUAAUCCGAGGAGCUACUACAGGUGCACCAACCCAAGAUGCAAUGCCAAGAAGCAGGUGGAAAGGUCAACAGAUGAUCCAGAAACGCUCAUUGUCACCUAUGAAGGCCUCCACCUCCAUUACACUUACUCACAUUUCUUCUUAUCCCGGCCCCAUGAUUACUCAACUACCAACCUUCAUGUGUCUAAGAAACCGAGGAUCCAAUCCAUGAGCAUGCAGACACAUGUAGCUGAUUACCCACUUACAGAGAGCACAGUGUGGAGCCCAUCGGUCAUGGAACAGCAGCAGUUGCAGCCUGGGGUCAGCGGAGACCAAAGCCCAGAAGGAGAUGUUCUGGAGGUUGUUGUGCAGAGUCCAGUCAGAGAGGACAUUUCGCAGCAGGGGUUUCUUGAAGAUCUCAUGCAGAGCCCACAAGGGCUGUUAGAAGAUGUGGUGCCGUUGUUGGUGAGAAAGCCAUCCCAUUCAACCACCUCUUCAUAUGACCCACACUCCUUAUCACCAGCAUCUUCUCCUUCCUAUUCUUCCCUUUCUUGGACACCCAGCUUUUCUUAUCUUGAUGUGGGAAUACUCUCAGGCAUCAUCUGAAUGGAAACUGGCACUCAAAAGGACAAAGAUAGUAGCAUCUGCAUGGUAGUUUGGUAGCUAGGACGAUAAAUGAUACACUUUAUCCGAAAUUGCAUGGGUAAAAUGAAGUUACUCCACUCCUCUUUUACACCAUGUAAUACCUGGGUGACUGGAUAUGAGAGUAUGAUAAGGGAGUACUGCAUAUAAAAUGUACAAUAUGUUAUCAAGAAUAAUAUGUACAAUAUAAAUAUUGGUAUUUUGUUGCUGCAGGGAUCUCUAUUUAUAUUUCCCUUUUUAAUGCAUCAUAACCUUUUAUAUUA